AUGGAGAAAACAACUCACAUAGCUGUUAUUCCUGGUCCUGGAUUUAGCCAUCUAUUUCCCAUUCUUGAGUUCUCCAAACGACUUGUUCAUCUCCACCCAGACUUGCAUAUCACAUCCAUCAUUCCUACACUUGGAUCGCUCCCAAGUGUCUCAAAAACCUUUCUUAAAACUCUUCCACCAAGCAUAACCUUAAGUUUUCUUCCACCAGUGGACCCUCAUGACCUACCACAUGGUCUUGAAACUGGAGUCCAAAUGCAACUCACAGUGACUUACUCUCUCCCAUUUAUACAAAAUGUCUUAAAGUCCUUGAAUUCAAGGACUCCCCUUGUGGCCUUGGUGGUUGAUAACUUUGCCUAUGAAGCAUUAGAUUUUGCUAAGGAGUUCAACUUGUUGUCAUAUAUUUACUUCCCUAAAUCGGCUUUCACACUUUCAAUGUACUUUCACUUGCCCAAGUUGGAUAAGGACACCUCAUGUGAGUUUAGGGAUCUUCUAGAACCUAUUCAAAUGCCUGGUUGUGUGCCAAUACAAGGCCAUGAUCUUCAUUACCAAAUUCAAGAUCGAUCAAGUCAAGGCUACAAACUAUUCCUUGAACGCGUUAAACGAUUUUGUUUCGUGGAUGGAAUUUUCAUUAAUAGCUUCAUUGAAAUGGAAGAAGGCCCCAUAAGAGCAUUGACUAAGGAGGGAAAUGGAAACCCACCUAUUUAUCCUAUUGGCCCAGUCACAGAAAUAGGGGUAAGGCAUAAUAAUGAGCCCAAUGUGUUUGAGUGUCUAAGCUGGUUGGACAAACAAGCACCAAAGUCUGUUUUAUAUGUUUCUUUUGGAAGCGGUGGCACAUUAUCACAAGUCCAAAUUACUGAACUAGCUUUGGGCUUAGAACUGAGUAAUCAUAAGUUCUUGUGGGUUGCAAGAGCACCAAGUAACUCAGCCAGCAGUGCUUAUCUUAGUGCCCAAAAUGAGAACCCAUUCAAUUUUUUACCAUAUGGAUUCCUGGAGAGAACCAAAGGGCAAGGGUUGGUGAUUCCAUCAUGGGCACCCCAAAUUAAAAUCCUUAGUCACAGUUCAAUUGGUGGGUUCUUGAGUCAUUGUGGGUGGAAUUCGACCCUUGAGAGUGUGCUGCAAGGGGUGCCAUUGAUAGCAUGGCCUCUCUUUGCGGAGCAAAGAAUGAAUGCAGUUAUGUUAAGCGAUGGCCUUAAAGUGGCAUUAAGGGCAAAUAUUAAUGGCAAUGGUCUAGUGCAAAAGGAAGAAGUUGCUCGAGUCAUAAAGAGUCUGAUGGAUGUUGAAGGUGAAAAAAUGCGUAAAGUAAUGAAGGGAUUAAAAGAAGCUGCUACUGAUGCCCUAAAAGAAGAUGGGUGCUCCUCAAAAUCCCUGUAUCAAUCAACAGCUAGAUGGAAAAUGAAUCUCGUGGAACAAUCUCAAAUAUUCCUGAUCCUUUUGCAGUAG